GGGGGGAGCGGCCUGUGAUGCUGGAACAAAUAUGGCUGCCUCAGUUCCCUUAUGCAGCUUAAGCACUGGCCCGGGCCGGCUGCUCUUGCUGCUAGGACUCCUACAGCUUUUGGGUCACCUCGGCCAGGGCCGCGUCCACCACCUAGCGCUCAAGGAUGAUGUGAGGCAUAAGGUUCAUCUCAAUACCUUUGGUUUCUUCAAAGAUGGGUCCAUGGUGGUCAAUGUCAGUAGCCUCUCAGUUAAGGGAAAUGAAGGUGGCUCUGCAAAGAUUGGUUUCAGCUUGGACCGAACAAAAAAUGAUGGAUUUUCCCCUUAUCUGGAUGAAGAUAUGGAUUACUGUAUCUUAAAAAAAAUGCAGUCUGUUUCUGUUACACUCCUGAUUGUAGACUUCUCAAGUCAUCUUGUCAAAAUAAAGUCUCCAUCAGAAGCUGGCAGCAACUUGCCAAAAAUCAUCUUCAGCAACAAUGAGAAAAUCCUUGGUGAGAAUCCAGAACCAAGCCUUAAAAGUCCUUCAGGAAAUAAUCAAACUCUUCAAAAUCAAGAAGAUGAAAAGUCUGCACAAAGUACAGAGGAUUCAAAGGUAUCAGGAGAAAACUCUUAUCCUGUUCAUAUCAACAAAGGGGCAGUUUCAUUUCAGUUUUUCUUCAAUAUCAGUACCAGUAACCAGGAAGGUCUCUACAGUCUUUAUUUCCACAAGUGUUUGGUCAGUGAAAGUCGAACUAGUGAUGAAUUGUCUUUCAGCCUUGAUAUUGAGAUCACAGAAAAGAAUCCUGACAGUUACCUCUCUGCUGGAGAAAUUCCUCUCCCAAAGCUCUACAUUUCCAUGGCCUUUUUCUUCUUCCUUUCUGGGACAAUCUGGAUUCAUAUCCUUCGAAAACGGAGGAAUGAUGUUUUUAAGAUUCACUGGUUGAUGGCAGCUCUCCCCUUCACAAAGUCUUUGUCCUUGGUGUUCCACGCAAUUGAUUACCAUUACAUCUCCUCUCAGGGAUUUCCAAUAGAAGGUUGGGCUGUUGUUUACUAUAUCACUCACCUAUUGAAAGGUGCACUAUUAUUCAUCACUAUUGCACUCAUUGGUACUGGCUGGGCUUUCAUCAAACACAUCCUUUCUGAUAAAGAUAAAAAGAUCUUUAUGAUUGUCAUCCCAUUACAGGUUCUGGCAAAUGUGGCUUACAUUAUCAUAGAAUCAACCGAGGAGGGAACAACCGAGUAUGGCUUAUGGAAAGAUGCUUUGUUCUUGGUGGACCUGCUAUGCUGUGGAGCGAUACUCUUCCCAGUGGUGUGGUCAAUAAGACAUUUACAAGAGGCCUCAGCAACAGAUGGAAAAGCUGCUAUUAACUUAGCAAAGCUGAAACUAUUCAGACAUUACUACGUAUUGAUUGUCUCUUAUAUUUAUUUCACAAGGAUCAUUGCAAUUCUCCUCAAACUUGCUGUUCCAUUCCAAUGGAAAUGGCUCUACCAGCUAUUGGAUGAAAUGGCAACUCUGGUGUUCUUUGUCCUGACUGGCUAUAAAUUCCGCCCAGCAUCUGAUAACCCCUACCUGCAGCUGUCUCAGGAAGAUGAUGAUUUGGAAAUGGAAUCUGUGGUGACAACUUCAGGAGUGAUGGAGAAUAUGAAGAAAGUCAAGAAGGUGACAAAUGGAUCUGUGGAUGCCCAAGGUGAAUGGGAGAGCACAGCAUGAUGGAACAAACUUUGAGAAGAGCACUUUCAAAAAAUCUUUUAAUUUAUUAAUAGUACUGUCAGUGAACAGGAGCAGUCUUUACCUCCCAACAUUGAUGCAACGAAAGAUGUUGACUGGGAGCAGAAUGCCACAGAAACCUAAUUUCUUCCUCUGUACUUUAAGGAAAUGGAUCUGUUGCUGCCCACAAGAAAGUUCGAACUUACUCCAAGGUGGGAAUGAUAUGUGGGGAACACAAAGGAGGAGAAAAUGAGGAUUUCCUUUGUUUUAAAUGUUUAUAUGCACAUACUUUCCCCUCUCCCCCUUUUGUUAAUGAUUGGGUAUUCAGAAAUGUAUUUGGUUCUGUUCUAGGAUGUGUCAUACCAAUGGAAAGAGAAACACAGAUUGAAAGAGAGAUUGAGAUUGAAAUUGAGAUUUGUGAUACAAAUCAUUGUACAUGAAAGCUAUAUUGGACAAGGGGAACAAAAGUUAAAAGAAAAUACUUAAAGUUACUCUAUUAUUUUGAUAGUAAAGGAUAAAAGUUAAAUUGUUGUGGGAAUGAUAAAAGGAAAACAAUGAAAUUAGGUUAUUUUAUGAAGCAAAAUAGGCAUCACACAACCUUGUAUGGGAGACCCACGAAUCUUGAUCAGUUUUGAGAGCUGUUAUUAAUUCCAAGUAUGGCCUUGAGCAAGUCCUCUAAGUCACCUCAUUUGCAAAACUAGAUAAUGCAUUAGUAAAGUGCUUUACCAUCCUAGGACUAUGACAUCAUGCUCAAGAUGAAGGAUUGCUCUCUUUCUCUGUGAUUUAAUAGAAGGAGAAUGUUAUUUUCCUUAUAAAGAGGGGGUAUACUUGGAGCUUGCCAUACUGUAGCUGUCUUUUUUACCUCAGAAAUGAGAGGGAAAGUCAUAGGCUUGAAAUUUUUAAAAUUAUUUUUUCUUUGGAGUUUUCCCUACAUCAUUCUCUGUGCCCCAUAUAGCACUAAGUCCUUUCUCUCUUCUCUUGGGACCAAUAUUUCUUUUUCUUUGUUAUAAGAAAAAGCGAAAUGUGUGGCUCACCAGGUCAUGAGCCAUGUGUUUAAACUGUGGAAAUAUCAAUGGAAAGGGAUAUGGGGAAGAAUCAUACACAUAUGAGUAACUGCAAGAAAGUGAAAAUUUAUUCUUGAACAUUAUUGAAGAGAAAGGGAAAUUUGGGGAUAGUACAGAUUGUAUGGGUUAGGAGAUUAUUAAGAGGGUUUUAUAUCUGUCUGCCUGAGUGCUAGGCAAUAAACAAAGAGACUCUCUGGUCCCUGGCUUUGAAAAAAUUAUCUCACAAUGAAGAAAUCUGGGGCCAUUAAGUGGAGCUAUCAGUGAAAUCUUUUACUUGGGGGUUCUAAGUGAUUUUUUUUUUUAAAUUGAGACAACAGGAAAUCUAAUCACCUUUCAAGAAUGCUCUUGGUAAUGAGUGAGCGAGUGAAUAACCAUCUGAAAAUAAAAGUAUUAUAACUCAUGAUGAUUUUUUGGAAAAUGUGAUGGAGAAGAUAUUCUUUGUUUUUUAACAGAACUAGUGACAACUUACAAGAUUCAAAGGAGGCUGCAUUCAUAAGUGCUUUUUGAUCUAAGUAAUGUCUAUUAUGAAGGAGUCUAUUAAUGAAUUUAGGAAAGGGUGUUUGGUUAAUCUCUAGCUGCUUUGGUACACCUGUGGAUUUGAAUCUUGAAUCUUAUAUUUGCCAUUCACUACUAUUAUCUUCACAGAGCAGGCUGUGUUCUCCUGAACAGUGGAUAUAAGAACUUUGGGAAAUUAAUUAUUGAAUUUUGAAAGAACACUGAGAAUUUUGUUUUCAAGGCAUAAAGAACUUGGCUAGUAUGGCAAACUGAAAGAUUUAUGAUCUGGGCAAGGUUGUGUAUUUCUCUUACAUUUUUUUUUCCCUAACUUUUUCUGCAGAGUUGGUGAUGGAGGAGCAUAUAUAUUAAUACUUGAGAAAGAUAGAUGAAAAAACAUAUAAAAAUAAGCAUCUGUCAGCCAGUUGAUGAAAUAUACCUCCACUAAUUUAUCUUUCUCUGCAUGAUACCCCCUGAGCAAAGUAUCAUCUCUGAUGUUUGAAACAUCUAAAUGUAGAACAAGAGUCAUCUUAAGUGCUGAUUGCUAGCCAUGUGUUCUCCAGAUCUUUUAUGAAGGGAUUUUCCAUAGGGAAGAGAUAGAAAAGAUGUCUUGAAUAUUCAGAUAUAUGCCUUCUCAUUCAGUAAACUCUUGAAAGACCACCUUAAAUUGAGUGUAGAGAGAAAGAAUAGAAAUGACUAUUUAGACUUUUUGUUCUCUUCCUGCCCUCCCUCCCUUUUCUAUACCAAAAUAAUAUAGAUGGUGAUUCCAAGACUUCUGAGGCACUCCUUUCACAUCUCACUUCAUGGGGUACAUCACCUGAAACAUACUUGGGUACUUCCUAGUGAUAGUGACACAUGUGCGAUUUCUCCUACAUGAAGUUACUUAACUAAAAGUGCAACAAUAGUCCCUACUAUGAAGGGCUUGGGUGGGGAAGGGGGAUGUCCUUAAUAUCUAUAUAUUUUUAAAAUAAAAAUAUGAGUGAGAGACUGUGUGUGAAUGCAUGGGUAUAUUUACUCAGUCAAUGCAACAUUAAUAGCCUCUGUUGUACUGUACCAGUAACAUUAUUGCUGCUACAGUUGUUAACAGCAGCAGAGCCUUUGGGGUAUAAUUAGCAUGUGGACAUUGGUCUCAGGUUUCUCUUUGGUAAAAACCAUUUAUUAAUUCUUCAUUUAUACUUCCAGGCUUACUCAUAGAUCUGACUUUCUGUGGUUUUGUAGCUGAGCAGCAACCCCUCUGGAACAUGAAAUGGACAAAUAAAAUGUUAGCUUUUAAAAAUAAAUAAAUAAAUAAAAGCUAGAUUGACCCGCAACUAUUGGAACAAAAAAAUUGUUUUCCAUCACUAAAUGUUCUAGCAAGAAAUGUUCAUAAAUGGAUCUUAAGGGCUUUGUUAUACUAGUGAAUUAGAAAAAUAUUGGGCAUGGGACUUGGAUAGAGACAAAAUACAAUUAAAUUGCCUCACUUCUUUCUAAAAUAAAAAGAUGGAUUCUAUCUUUUUUUAUAAAUAAAUCCAUUUUCUUUCCCAGUACCAAAGCUAUUAUUUCUGGCUUAUUCCAUAAUGAAUAAAUGAUUGAUUGAUGCUCUGAACUGAACAGAUUUGCCCAACAGUUCUACCAAAUUCAAAAACUACCCCCUCUCCAGUGUGACUUUAAGAGUUUAUGUGAACUAAGAGUAAAUCCUUUUAAAUUUUUCAGAGGGUAGCCCAAAAGGAGUCUAUAAUCCCAUCCUCCCCCAUGCCUGGGAUGUAUUUUUCAUUUUCACCUAGUAGAAUCCUUAGCUUCCUUCAGAGCUCAGAUCAACUGCUACAUCCUACACAAAGUUUGUAAUCCCUGUCUACCUGUGCCAAACACUUCCCCAUCCCCCAAAGAAAAUUAUUACAUUUUGGGACAAGGCUGUGAAAUUUCAGGAAAUUGAGAAUCCCAUUUUUGAAAGAAAUUUCAAUAGACUGCCUUUAUUGCUAGAAAAUUAUUUCUUGGACAGCACGAACAGGAAAUGUUCUUUUAAUUCAAGCUGUCCACUCUAGCCAAGCACUCAGUCCUGCUUCUGAGUCCUUUGGUCCUUUAAAAUUUGAGUUGCAAUCACUUUCCUGCCGAAUAAAACACUGAGGAAAUCAACACUGAUGAAUUGGAAAUUGAUCUUCCUUAUAUUUACAUCUACUCUGGUGUGAGGAUUGUUUCUUGGGCUAUGGCCUUGGUAAAUUUGGUAUUUCUUCUACUAAGACUAGACAUAACACUACCCAAAAUUCUCUUUUCUAUUCCAUUUUAUUUAAGCUAGCUUGUGACUAGAAGGGAAGUCUUGUUGAAUUUUCUUUCUGGAGUUAUUAAAUAAUUAGACUGUCAUGAUCUCUUCUGUUGUUCUUUAACCUGACCUUUUCUUUCUCCUCCCCCACUUCCUCCUAUUGAUUGCCCUGUUCCACUUUGGCAGAAACUGGGAGAGUAUUGUAAAGAUUUUGGUGCAUUGCAGCAUUUUGUUCAGUGCCAACUGUGUGAAAGAUGUAUUUCCUAAGCUAGGAGACUCUUCAUUGAAAGAAUACAUUGCUAAUGAUGCUUCAUCUUAUUACCCUAUAGCAUGUACCUCCCUAAAAUAAUAUGCCAUGUCUUCUUUCAAAAAUAAAUUAGUAUCAUGGCCCCAGGGAAGAUGUACAGGAUUCCUAAUUAUGAAAGGUUUUCUGGCUAUCUUCUUCUAUCUACAAAAUAUUCUCAUUGAGAAAAUGAUCCUAAAUUAAUAGGCAGCUUUUGAGGGCUGUUGGCCCUAUUCCAUGCACAAUUGGGAAGAAAAAAAAAGAAAAGAAAAGUUGUCUUAUCGUCUCCUGCCAAGCUGUUGAGUUUCAAAAACACAGAUUUUGGCAAAAUCCACACUGGUCUUCAAAAUGCCAUUCCCCUCCAAAUGUGUUAGGACAAUACCUAAUCCACAUACUAUGGUUUAGAGUACUUGAGUCCAAUGUGUGUAUAGCUAUGUCUCCUUCAUUUCAUUUCCUCUUGAGGAAUUUAGCAUUACUGAUCACCACUGUAAAAAGCUACCACAUCUCAACUUUAAUGUUUUGUGGAACUUCAGAAAAUCUUUAGUCUACAACUGUUCUUUUUCAACAAAUCUGCUCUUUACUGUGAUAAUCCCUUGGAAUGUUCUUGGCGGGGUAUACUUAAAAAAAAAAAAAAAAACCUUUACUUUGUUGCCACCUGAAAUAUAGUUAGUUCUUGAUCAGUAAUGCUGAAGGUUCUCAAAGUUCUUAUGUGUCUAUGCCAUCUCAGAUAGACUUAUGCAUGAAAGGAGAUAAUUUUUAAUGCUCAGCUUUGAUGCAAAAAUGUCUCCUGCAUUAAUUAUCAAAUGGAAACAUUAGAUUAAGGAAAGAGCUGGGUAGUUUGGGGAAUGGGAAAGCAUCUGCAUGUGUAUUGAAUUGAAUCCUCUUAGAAUUUUCUAACUAACUAAUUGUUAGAAUUAAUUAACAUUGCAGUUAGUUUGGAGGAGUCUUUGAGGAAAGCAAUAAAUGUCCAAAUGAUAAGGAAAAAAAUUCAUUUGACACACAAUAGACUUAUUACAAGGACUGUUUCAGUGUUUUAUAAUGCUAUUUAGACUACUCAAAGGACCAGAGAAGGGCUAAGGAAGCUGUGGAAUUGGCAAGUGAGAGCUAUUACCUCUGGCGUUACUUUUAGGAAGUAUGUAUAUCUUGAGUUGGAUUUACUUAGUUAUAUGAUCUCCAAAGAACCCAGGUAAGGUGUUUUAUCCAGGAGCAAAUUUCUGGGUGCUUACAGACAAUAAAGAGUACUUUCUUCAUUUGAGAUUAAGGUUCAGAAAGAGAUUUUUUAGUAUUUUUUUCUAACAUUAUUUAACAAAUCACUGUGGGGUAUUUAUAUAAUGGGUAUAGGAGAAAAAUUAUAAAUCAGGAUAUUGUAUGUAAUUACUUUUCUUUCUUUGGUGCAAAUGUGUAAAAUAAAAAAAUCCAUAACAAAAUGUACAUUUGUAAUCUUGAGAGCUUUUGAUAAAUGAUUCCUGCCUCA